AUGGAGCGUUUUAAGCGGUACUUCAAUAAGCGGAAAAUUGAGUUGAAAGAAGAAUUUUACUCUCCGCGAACCAUGUACGAAAGUGCCUGCGAUACCCUUAUCGGGUAUUUUCACGUGAGCGGUGCAGAUCGUUUGCGGGCUGAUUAUACUCCGUGGAAUCCUCGUUUGGUUUUCCUCGUAGCGGAUCUAACUUUGUACAUCCUGGUCAACUGUUGGUGUUUGACGGUAUUUUGGGGGCAGCUAACUGAUGUUGUAUUUUGCCUCGUGACGAUGGGCAUUGCAAUACAGGGAUUUGCAAAGAUUGCCAACUACACUGAUGACCGACUAUACGAGCUCCAUGUUUACAACGUGGAACGAUUCGACAAAGUAAGAGAUUAUCCUGAAGCUCGAGAGUCGUUGGAGACAACGGCUGUUCUCUGCAAAGUGUUUAUCAAAUUGUUCUGUACAAUGUUUAUGAUGCUAACAACGUUCAUACCAAUUUACACGGUAGUAUAUUCGGUUAGCACUAAAACUUUACAACUACCGUUCGGGUUUUUUUUCCCAUGGAUUGAUCACUCGAACUUGUUCGGAUAUCUUAUAAAUUUGUCGUACCAUUUUCUGCAAAUAUACGAAGCUUGUUAUGGGUUACUGGCGACGGAUACGUGCUUUCUCUUCUUUAUUAUGCAUGCCAUUGGACAGCUGGAUAUAUUGAUUAUUUACUUGAGAAAGCUGGAUGAAUUGGCCCUUAACUAUGAUAAAAUAAAAAUCGAUCAAGAUAUAUACCGGCUGCUGGAUGAUAUAGCUGAAAAACACCAAGAACAUAUGGAGUACAUGUCGAAGUUAGAUUCUCUAUUGAAACCGGGAUUUUUCGUCAAUUUUUCAUGCCUGAUUGCUGAAACAGUGGCAUCGCUCUAUGUUCAGUCUACAACCGGUGGUAUCUGGUAUCCUGGACUGAUUGUUGUUUUGCUAUGUGUUGUUCAAUUAUUCAUUGCAUGUGCAUUGGGAACUAUUUACUCCACUAAGAACGACCAAUUGGUGGAAGAAAUCUACAACGUGUCGUGGUACGCAUUGCCGAUCCCAGCACAGAAAUCUCUAACUCUCAUCCUCCAUUCGUCACAACACCCGGUUGUUCUUUCGGAUGGAUUCGAUGCGAUUGAUUUGUUCGCUUUCGUUCAGAUCUACAAGAAAAUCUACACGUAUUUUACAAUGCUCCAAAGCUUCAACUAAAACAUGCAAAAGC